UUAAUUGCUCUUAAACUACAUUCAGCUAGUUCUCUGGUAAACUCAGACACUGUCCCUAGCACCCAGGGCAUGACAGCUACCAAAAGACCUCAGACCUCAUCUAGAGUUCAUGAUCGAUCAAUUGAGGUUUCCACAGGUGAGUCAGUUGCUCCUGCUGACCAUGGUCAAAAACAACAACUGCACCAAUCACAUUCCCUGUUACAAUCAAAGAGUAGGCUGAGGAGUCAUUCUGUUUCUGAUUUGGCCACAGUUCCUCCUUCAAAGCCUGACCCCCACUUCUGAUAAAAUCUACUGUCUGACGCAUGCUCCUCGACACUGGCCUCAUGUCAGUUGAGCUCCAUAAUCAGCCCUUCUAAUCUGUACAGAUUAUAUUGGUUUCAUCCACGCUGACAAUGUCAGAUCACAAUUGAGGACCUUUCAUAUGAAAGUCAUGACCUUUUAAAGUCCUAGAUAAAGAGUUCCACUCUUUUUGAAAGACUAUAGAAAGACACUUUGGCCCCUACAGUAUAGUCCAGAGGAGGAGGCAUGUUACACCUCAAAUUUUUUCCAGGCUAAAGUCAGCUUCUCAUACUGUUAUCAACAGGAGUGCUCAGAUCUUCCCAAGGAAAGACCUCACAACAAGUGAAGGAGAAGCUCAACCUUAUCUUCUGUUAGAACCCACACAUCACCAUCCCUGAGACAAGAAAUAGAUUCUACAGUCAAGAGUCCUGGACUGAUCUAUACAGAUUUGUUCACCUGUUACUCUCUCACACACACCCUGCCCCUGCACACCUGUCCCUUAUCAAUCUCCUUUAUUUCUUUUUGUAGGGUGGUACUGUACUAGAGUUAAGGAUUGCAGAACCUGGAAGUUAUCAAACAGGGUUAUUUGGUCCAGUUUCAGGCCUUACCCACCCAUCCCCAUUCAUUCUUAGAGAUUCCUUUUACAAGAAACGAGAGAGUCAUUCUCCUACUGCUUGGUGCAGAAGUUUGUAUUGCCAUUCUGAAAAAGAAAGGAGGAUGACAUCUCCAACUCAACAAAUUCAUUCAUCACUUUGGGCUCAGGAUGGUCAAUCUGGCUUCUAUAAUUCCCUCCCUAAAACCUCAGGAUUGGUUUGUGACUUUUGAUCAGCAAACUGCAUAUUUUUUAUGUAUGCCUUCCCCUGUAUUGCAACGUUCUUUAGCUUGGGAUUCGAUAUUGGUGAAAGGAAUGAGAAGUGAUUGAGUUUGCUCUGCCCUUUAUGUUCUUGGGUGGGGACAUGAGGAUGUGAAGGAUACAGCCACAGUCCCAGUGGAGAUUGCUGGCCAAAAGAAUCUGAUCUUGCAUGCUCCUGUGGGAUCUAUGUGGACAAAACGUCUUGAAGCAACAGGUAUUGAAAUGUAAGUAACUGUUCUGUAUCUUGAUUUCUCUUUUUAAAUACAAGUGCUUAUAGUAUUAACAUACCAUUGCUAAAAUACACAAUAGGCUGUUAAGGAGCACUAGGUCUUUUUCUAAGCACCACCACCUGCUGAAUAAUUUGAUUGAACAUGGUAGACACUAGAAUUAUUUAUUAGGCCUUUUCCAUUCUCAUUAAGCAUGGAACAUGAAAAAUGGAAGCACUACCUGCUGAAGGUCCACUGUUUCAACUGUGGUUUUCAUUAGAUCUUCUGAAACCUCCUUAGAAGUUUUACAUGAAAAUUUAGGAGUAUGUUUUAAAAGCAUUGCAUAGGGAAUUUUCUAUGUUACACCAGUGAGGAAACACAUAGUUAAAUCUUCAUGAACUUCUUUGAAAACUUACCUUAAAAUACUGUCAUUAGAUUAUCUGUCUGGAUCACUAAUCUCUUCUUACCCAAAUUCCUGCAAACUUCUGUAAACCACAGAAACCAAGUUUGACUCAGCUAAUGAACUCUUCCCAGCAAUUCAAGAAAAACAUAGGUGAGAAAAGUAGCAUUAUGAGAACAGAACAUAUAGCUGUUUCACAGCAAAAUAAAUCUGAUUGUGAAGCUGAAGAUGUCAUUGAAUCCCCUCCUAAGCCUUUUUCCCAAAUCAAGUCCUACCCUCGACCUGUCCAUCCCUCACCUGGCUCCUUUUCAAAACCUUCCCAGAUGACUCCUCCUCUCCUGGGGUUUAAACAGGAAGAAUCAUCAGAGGAAGAAGGUGACAUAGAACAACCACAAAUUUCAAAUGUUGGAGAUAAAAGUUUGAUUUGUAAUGGCAACCGUGAAGCACAGAAUCCCUCAGAAGAUACUCCGAUUAGGAAAGAUACAAUGUCAGUAUUAGGAUUGGAAGAGGAGGAGGAUACAGAAUCACCCUGGGAUUCAGAGUGUGCUUCUGAAAGCCCAAGAAAACUACCAGUCAACCUGUUAAUUUCAUCUGCUGUCAGAACUGAAACACACAUGCAGAGUAUUUUUGAGGAACCAAGUGAAGGUUUUUGUGAAAAAAAUCUUGAUUCACAGCCAAAGACCACUCAAGCAAUUUUAGAAACCAAUGACACCUCUUCUUGUCCUGCAAAGGGAAUUGAGAUUGGCAAAAGGCAAAAAUCAGAUUUAAUGGAAGAACUUGGUUUAGAUGAUGCAGAUGAUAUUGAAGAUGUAUCAGACUGGGAUUCUACUAGCAUUUCACUUAAAAAUUUACCAGGUACUAAAAGCCCCAACGUUUUGACAUUUGGGAAUCCUUCAUCUUUACUACCAAUGUUAACAGCAAAGGAUGAUGCAGCAGCUACAGCUUCUGAAGUUAUUCCUCCAAGAUUAGAAGAAAUGUCAAAAGCUCAAACUGUGACUGCACCAGAAAAUACCCAUUUAUAUUCUCUCCAGAAACAACUCCUGCCAGUAAUACUAAAAAGCAAAGAUGAACUAUCUGAACCUUCCUUUAAUAUGCCAUCACCAGAUGAAGAACGAGAAGAUGCAGGUGAAAACUGCAAGAAGCGGGAUAAACACAUAUUAGGCACAACCAACUUGACAGAAAAAACAGCAUCUGAUAAUCAGACUGACAAAACAGAAAUUUCAUUUCCACAUCCAAAAACGAAAACUGAGCCACUAAAACAAAAUGAGGACUCACAUGGUGAUGAUGUGCAAUUAAAUCCAAACCUUUGGGAAGAAAGAUAUGAGAAAAUGUGGGUUGAAAAUGACAAAAGGGAAGUGAAAACAAAUUUUAAAAGCAUUACAGCAGAGCUAAAGCAAAUGUUUGGUGAAAUUAAUGAAGUUCAACAAACUACACCCCUGGAAGGGACAUUACAAGAUGGCUUCAGUGAAGAAUUGGAGAGCAUUCACAAAGCACCACAUAAUUUGACAAAACCCACCGGUAGAAUAGAAGGAAGAAGUGAAUUUAUGGACCUAUGCUCUGUGCUUGAACAAAAGGAAUCCAGCAAUGAAAAAGUAAUUUCCUAUGCUUUAAUUUCCAGUUCUCAUGAGCAUCCCAAUGAGUAUAUUAUCGGGCUAUGUGAAAAUGAUGAUAAAUUGUGUACCAAACAUGUAUGGAAUGUAAAUGAAGAGGGUUUUACUAACAAUGCAGAAAGUACAAAAGUAGCUGCAAACAAAGAGAGGGUAGACCAAAUAGCUGCUAUGGAAAUAGAAGAAAAUGUGGAUGGAAAUAUUUCAGAUUUAGAGAAUAGUCCUGGUUAUUCACUAAAACAUAGUUUGAAAGAAAGCAUUUUGGACAAAAGAGCUAAUAUUCCAGAUGUUGUAAGACCUGUUUCUACAGAUGAUAAAAGCACACUUCUUGCUGUAGCAAAAAACAAACUUGGAAAAGACACGUACUAUUUUAAUGAUAUUCCCAAAGACUGCUUUGUUGGCAAUUGUAAAACUAGUAAUACUGAAAUUGAAAGUAAUUUGGGAAACUCUCGACAAUCUCGUGAUGAAACUUUGAAAAGACUGUUGGAUGAAGAACUGGAACAAGAUAUGGAAAGAUUUAAGAAUGAGGUAGGAAUGCUGCAGAUAGUAUUCCUGGCUUUGGAGAAAGAGAAAGUACAACUACAAAAAGAGGUAGAAAAGGAAAAGAGAAAGCAAAAAUGUGGGGAAAGAGAAGAUGCUUAUAAGUCAUAUAUGCAAACAUUGGCUGGAAAUGGUAUUAAUCAGCAAAUGAAACAGAAGCUCACUAUAAAAGGGAACCAGUAUUCUACAGUAGAAAGUGGAGAAACCACAGAAGAAAAACACACAAAGAACAGUAUUUCCUCCAAGGAAAGAGCAAAGUUAAUUCAAAUACCUUUGAAGGGUAGUAAUUCUGCCUUGAAUGUGAAGGAUGCAAAGAAAAAUGAAAACAAAACGCAUAUUUCAAAACAGAGAGGUAAUCAGCAGAUGAAUUCUACCAAUGGAAAUCAAUUCCAAAUACUGGAUGAUAGCACUUUGAGUGAAACAUCUCAGGAUGAAGGAAGACCUGGAGCCAGAACAGUAGAUGAAAGGAACAAGAUUGGCAAAAAGAUGGAUGUUGCAGAAGAUUUUGAUGAAUUAACUCAGUCUUCUGACACUGCUACAGAGGACUUUGAGCUGCCUACUUCAACCUGCAGAGAUGCUAUGUUGCUGAUAGAACAGCUUAGUAUGGAUGGCAAAGCAGAUUCUAUUAGUCUCUUGAAAAUUCAGAACUUACUUCAUGGCUAUGAACGAUUAAUAGAACGUGAAAAAGGCCGUUAUACACAGCUCUUGGGAAAAGUAAGAAAGCUGGAGAAUGAAAAGAAAGAGCUACAAGCAGUAUUGGAAGAGACCAGAGAAUUGAAAUCCAUGCUGGAUCACCAAAAAAUGGAAUGGGAAAGCGAUGUCAGCAGUCUCAAGUUUACUUUGAAACAAGAAGAAGAAAAGAGAUUGAGUAUAGAAAUGCUGUAUGACAAAAACAGAGAACUGCUUAGAAAGAAAGAAGAUCAGUACUGUAAAGAGAUGGAGGAGAAACAACAGCUUGAGCUAACCCAAAGGAGUCUAGAAAUGGAGUUGAGAACAUUGAGAAAUCACUUGAAACAGGUUGAAGAAGAACGUAAUGAAACACAGAGACAGCUCUCUCAAGAACAGAGUGCCAGAGCUCUACAAGAGGGUAUUUUGAACAGCCAUCUUUGGAGACAGAAAGAAAUAGAAGAAGAAACUAAAAUAACUGCAGCUAAAAGUUCAGAAGUACCUGAUAAUCAGAGAGAAAAGGAUUUGUUACACAAAAAUCAGAAACUGCAAGAUGAAGUUGCUAUACUAAGACUAGAGCUUGAUCAAAUAAGAAUUCGGCAUCAGGAGGAAGAAACCAAAUAUUUAGAAGAAAAUGAGGUCUUGAAAGAAAAAAAUGAAGAUCUUAGGAAGGAGCUAAAACUAAAUGAGGAGGCUUUAACACAAACAGUUUUUCAGUACAAUGGACAGCUGAAUGUAUUAAAGACAGAAUCUGCAAUGUUAACUUCCAAAAUAGAGCAUGCAAAAGAAAAUAAAGAUAGGCUGGAGACAGAGAUGGAAUCAUUUCGUUCCCGUUUGAACUCUGCUGUUCAAGAACUUGAAUGCUGUCGGAAAUCAAAAAAUGAUGUUGAGCGAACACUACAAAGAGAGCGUGAUGAAUGGCUUCGUUUGCAAGACAAGCUCAAUCAUGACCUGUCCAAUCUGCGAGACACCAAUAAUAUCUUGUCUCAACAGCUUAGUAAAGUCGAAACUAAAGCUAACAGUCUAGAAAAUGAACUUCACCAUGUAACACACACAUUUAGAGAAAAAACUUUGCUUUUAGAAAGUACUCAAAGAGAUCUAAGUCAUGCACAAUGUCAGGCAAAGGAACUUGAUUAUGCUCGACAAACUGAGAAGGAUCAAAUGAGCAAAUAUAUUGUAAAACAGGAAUCUAUGCAAGAACGAUUGGCACAGCUUCAAAGUGAAAAUGUCUUACUCCGGCAGCAAUUGGAAGAUGUGCAAAACAAGGGGAUCAUCAAAGAAAAAGUAGUGAGUGAUGUCCAAGACAAAUUUAGUGAUAUAUUCAGUAAACUUAGAGCUGAUACUGAAAAGCAAAUUAAUAUGAUGGAAGAGAGAAAUAAGGAAUUAAUCACAAAAUGUAAUAAUUUAAGGGAGCAAGUCUUUAAAUAUGAAACAGAGAAAGUAGAAAGAGAGGGUACAGUAAGACAACUGCAACAAGAACUUGCUGAUGCUCUUAAAAAGCAAUCAAUGUCAGAAGCUUCACUUGAAGUUACAACACGUUAUCGCAAUGACCUGGAAGAGGACAAACUACAUUUGCAAAAGGAAAUAGACAAGAUUAAAACCAAGCUGCAAGAAUCGGAAGAUCAAUAUAUUCAGUCUGAACGACGUGUUCAUGAUUUGAAGAAUGCAUUGGACAGUAAGGAACGGGAAGUGAAUGCUUCUUCCCAGAAAUUGCAAGACCUUCUAAUAGCAUCAUCUGGAACAAAUAAUGCUAUAAAACAACUAGAAGAACAUAUACAAAGACUAGAAAUUGAAAAUGCCAGAUUGGAAGCUACAACCAAACAACAAACAAUCAGAAUUGAGGUACUUCAGAAAGACCUGCAGGAUUCUGCUUCCGUUCAUAAUCGCCUUGAAGACUUGAUAACAGGCUUACAGACAGCAAAAAUCAAUUUAGAAGAACAGCUAAAUCAGCAGGUCCAAAAGCAAACCAUGCUGUCAAUGACUGCAAAAGAUACACAUAAUCUGUGGGAGGAGGAGUUGAAGUCCAGAUCCAAACUUGGAGUUCGUUUGUCUCAACUUGAUAGGGAAAAGGCUGAGAUGUUGGAACAAUUCGAGAGUGAAAGGAAAAAAGUGAAGAAGCUAGUAGAGUUAAAACGAUCAGUGGAAGCCCGGCUGGAUCAAGAAAUGAAGAGAAACAGUGAAUUACAAAAAGAAUGUAAUGGAAUGAAGAAACUUCUAAAAACAGCUAAGAAGAAACUAAAGGAAUAUGAGAAUGGAGAGAGUGUGUCCCAGUUUAGUUUCCAGGGAGAACUGAAGAACAGAUAUUCUGAAAUGGACAAUGAAGUUAGUAGAUUAAGGACAACGAUAGACGAACUUUCCAAAAAACUGGAUAUAGAGUCAAAAAAAUCUACGCAGUUAGAAUCUACGAAUUGUGAUCUACGAGAACAGUUGUCUUCUAUGAAGAUACUGCAUAAGAAUCAUGAAAAGCUGGAGAAGAGCAAAUGGCAGCUGGAAGGAGAAGUAGCUACUCUCAAACAUCAAGUAGAGACUAAUAUGAUGGACCACAGUCAACUAGAACAGUAUAAAAGAGAGAUUGAAGAACGAGCUAGACAAGAAAUAAGACAAAAACUAGAAGAAGUCAAUCUAUUUUUGCAGACGCAAGCAGCCUCCCAAGAGACAUUAGAACAAAUAAGAACUACUAAUAAUACUUCACUGAGAAACCAGUUGGAGCACAGAAUUAGAGAUCUAGAAUCUGAACUGGCUAAAAUAAAAAACACACAAGAAGACAGUGUCUUUCAAAAACAGUCUACGCAGACAGAACUGGAAAGAUACAAAGAACUUUAUUUGGAAGAAUUAAAAAUUAGAAAAUCGCUGGCAAGUAAACUGGAUAGAGCUAAUGAAAGGAUAGCAGAUGCCAAUGCAAAACUCCUUCAUGAGCGCCACAGGAGCAAAUCUUUAAUUGCUAACAGCAUUGUAAAUGGAAGUCUUUCUGCAAGUCCAGUCCUGGAUACAACUCAAUUUGGCAAUCUCGGCAAUAAUUUAACACUAAAUAGAAGUCUUGGUCUUGGAGGAAGUUUCAUAAACCCAACUGGAAAUGCAUUAUCUUCAAAAAACAGAGUGGAAGCUUAUCUGGCUAAGAUGCAGCAGGAACUAGAAAAAAGUAUCACUAAGGAACUUGACCAAGCCACAGCUGAACUUGAAACUGGGUCUGUAAGAGUCUCUCCUGUAGGAUCUACUGAUGGAUCUUCAAAAAAUCUAAAUGUGGAUCAGGAUCCGGUUUCCAGGGCAACACAGCAGUAUCUAGAUGUAUUAAAGAAAAAUUAUAUGAUUUGAACAAAACAUUAAAGCAAGUUUGUAGAAAUGACUUUGUUUACAUAACAUUUUAAUGGUUUCCCAUUAAAUGGGUUCAGAUGUGAAAAAUCUUAAUUACAAUUUAAAUAUAAACUAUAAAGGUAUUUUAUAAAUAUCAGGCACAUUGCACUUCUCUCUGGAGAAACAGCACAUAGUUAUAUAGUCUCCUUUUAAAUUAAAUAUAUAAGCCAUACCUUGUUUUCAUUUGUAACUAGCAAAGGAAAUACAGACCAGUGUUCUUGAGUUUGACAGAACUGCCAGAAUGUUAGUUGUUACAACAGCUGUUCUGAGUCUCGUCCCAUUCAUUUUCUCUGAUGUAUUUUAACCAAAGCAUUUCCUGAAUUUUGUUUUGUGUUUUCUCUUUUACGUGUAUUUUAUGUUUUUAAAUGUUCUCUUAAGUAGCCCAUUAGCAUGUUCAGAUCUGAUGCAUCUGUUUUGUGCCCAGUUCUGUAGUCCUGAUGCAGGGAAAACUCCUGUUGAUUCACGGUAAGAUUUACCUAUGUUAGGUUUGCAGAAUUAGGCACUUGCCUAAUUUGUUUUUGCUUUUAUUCCAUUGUGUUUGAGUUUAAAAAAUACUACAUAUCUGUAAUAGUGCCAAGAGAUUUGUAGUGUGUGUUUUAUAUGGUAGAGGAACUUAUCAAUACAAUGCACUGAAUUUUUAAUUAAAUAAUACAGCAACUAGGGGCAUUCUGAGUUGUUAGUAGAUCACUGCUAUGUUAUAAGUACAACUCUUGUGUAGAUGAAAUAGAGUAAAACUAUAUAUAUAUUGUGUGUGCCUUCCUCCAAUUUUUUUGAUAUUUUCCAAAGUUGGUGCAUGGAAAAGCUAAGUUUUGCAUUAUUACUAAAAUCAGAAGACCCCUUGAUCAUAAAUCUAGUAGAGUGGACUUACAGCGAGUCUGUUUCAAUGAUCAAGACAGUUUUACUUAUUCCAGCGAUUCAUCCAUUGUUACUGAAGACCCACAUUUCUGCCACUAAAUAUCUUUAAAAGUCACUAAUGUUGUGGUUCAAGAUGGUGAAAUGGAGGAAGAAAUCCCCAGUAGAGAAAACAUGAACAAUGAUUAUAUUGAGAUGAGCAGGACAUGAAAAAUUUGUCCUGUACCCAUUACUCCAAGAACUAAGCUGACUAGCCUGGGUGGAAAAAAACCUAUGCCACCAUGUCUCUUAACAGUUUUAAAGGAAUAAAACAGUUUUGUACAGUUGGUAUAUUGUCUUUACUUGUAAAAUACUCCAUAUCAGCUGUUCAAUACAUUUUUAAAUGUAA